AACAAAAAUACAAAAAACAACUGUUUCGCUCUACGAAAACUAAAAGUAACAAAAAAUACCUGGAAAAUAAUUGAAAUUUACUGUAUUAAAAUAAAUAUGUGAUAAUUGUUAACAAAAUAUUUGUAAAAAUAAUAAUAAUUAAUAAAAAUAAUGAUAAUUGUUUAAAUAUACGUCACAACUGACGGAUUAAUUUGAAAACUGGGACAAAGUGCAGUGCACUCUGGCAUUGCGUUUUACUAACCAGGUGUUUCUAUGCUGUAAUCAUAUAUAUAUAUAUAUAUACCUAAAUAUAUAUCUAUAUAUAUAUAGUAUUGGGUAAUAAUUUAACAAUUGCACCUUGCUCUAAUAAAUCAUAAAAAAAAAAUCCCAUACUAUCGCCAUUCUAAAUUCUUAUAAAUUUAUUUUCUUAGUUUUUCUUUUAUUUGUUAAAUAUAUAUAAAUAAAUAAAUAUAUGUAAAUAUACAAAUAUAUAAUAUUGUUAACUAUAAAAUUAACAAAAUAUAAAAUAAAUCGGACAUUUUAAAUCUAGUCACAUGGAUUGACAAUAAUAAAAAAAACGGGAGCGAUUAGAUGAAGAAAUUUUUUAUGAGUAUUUUAAUGGUAAAUAAUGUCAGAUGGUAUUGAUGGUAACAAUGGGGAAAAUGAGGUUGACUCUCAUUCAUCCUCGGUUAUGAAUGUUGAUAAUGGUGAGGUUGGAUCUAAUCGUGAUGAUGAACAAUUAGACGGAGAUAAUGAAGCCCAGUUAAAUACAAAUUAUGACAGCAGUGAUGGAGCUGUACCUGUUUUUAGAUGUGAUAGAUGUGAUAACUACGAGACAUUAAACAAAGCUGCAUUUUCUGUACAUCAAGAACAAUGUUUAGCCGGAGGAGAAGGUGUAGAAAGCGUCGAAAGUAUUGAAGUUAAUGAGCAAGAUGCUGAUAAUGAUGAGAGUGGACACUCAAGUGGACACAGAUCUCAUAGAAAAAUGUUUGAAUGCGAUGUAUGCAAUAUGAAAUUUUCAAAUGGCGCUAAUAUGCGCCGUCAUAAGAUGCGUCACACUGGAGUUAAACCAUACGAGUGUCGAGUUUGUCAGAAGCGUUUUUUUCGUAAAGACCAUUUAGCUGAACAUUUUACAACACAUUCUAAAACAUUGCCUUACCAUUGUCCAAUAUGUAACCGCGGAUUUCAACGACAAAUUGCUAUGCGUGCACAUUUUCAAAAUGAACAUGUAGGCCAACAUGAUAUGGUCAAGUCAUGUCCACUAUGCAACUAUCGUGCUGCUACCAUGAAGUGCUUGAGGUUACAUUUUUUUAAUAGACAUGGAAUAGAUUUAGAUAAUCCAGGACCAAAUAGUUCAAGUUCAAUAUUAAAUAGUGGUUCACCAAACGAAGCGAUGCCAUCAGCACCACUGUCCGACAGUGGUGACAGUACUGGUAAUCGUUCUGUUGAUAAUGCAACCCCACCAAUGCAUUUUUUAACACCACAUGUUGAGAUUUCAAUUCCUUAUCCGGAACUAACGAUGUCUGGACAACGGAAUUCAAGUCCCGCGCCUUUAAAUGGUGACUGUCCUAAUAGUCCACAGAGUGCUGAUAGUAACAGCAAUGCACCAAGUAGUAGUCAUCAUCAGUUACCACUUCACCGGAUAUAUAAUUAUAGGAGUAUGGUUGAGGAUUCAAUAACCCCUUCAAUCUCAUUGAUACCAAUAAAACAAGAACCAAAUAGCAAUGGAAUGGAUGAAAGUGGAGCGACCUCGAGCAAUCUUCCACUUCCCUCGUUAAUAAAAGUAUCUCCAUUAAAGUCAUUACUCCGGGACGAUUUGCGACGUAAGUUAUCCAACACUUCUAGCAGUCUUAUAACCAAUGCCAGCGUCAACAAUAACAACAACAAUAGUAAUAACAAUAAUAAUAGUAAUAACAAUAAUAACACAAGUAGUAAUAAUAGCGGCAGUAGUUUAAACACAGGGGAAAAUAUAUUAAAUAUAAGUAACAUAAAUAAUCUAUCGCAUCUAAGAGAGCCACCGAGUUCAACGAGGCCGGAUCCUCGGACCAGUGGACUCCAAUGCACUUAUUGUCGUAUUACUUUUCCCGAUCAGACCUUAUAUUUUUUACACAAAGGCUGCCACAGCGACAGCAAUCCGUGGAAAUGUAAUAUAUGCGGCGAACAAUGCUGCAAUCUUUAUCAAUUUAAUUCGCAUUUACUGAGUAAAAGUCAUCAAUAAAAAUUGUGCCUUCUUAACCAUAACCUUAUGAUUAAUAAUUAUAAGAUAAAUAUAACAGUACUGGAAUUUCUUAUGAACCUCGCGGUUACCACAGUGCUGCAGAAAUGCAAUAUUGUAUUGUAUAAAUGCAGCAAUUUUAUCACAUUGUUGUCGUAAUUAAUUAUCAAUAUUAAGCCGAAAUAAAGCUCGUAAACUGACUCAUUUAUUACUAAAUUUAUCACGUCAUGGCAUCCCUAACGGAUCUGAAUUACGGUAAAUUACCGCAUUUUACUGCGAAUUUACGGUAAGUUACGGCAAUUUACCACAGUCUGUGGCAUCAUUACCGUACCGCAGUGAAAUACUUUCACUUUACGGUAGAGUAUCCCACUUUUACUGCAACUUAUCGAAGAUAUCGUACAUUACCGUAAAAUACCGCAAUUACCGUAAAUUACGGCAAGUAAAAAGUAAAGACAUUAAAUCCGUAGUGCAUUCAAAUCACGGUAAAUUAUAACCAUUGCCGUAAUUUACGGUGUUCGGAAACAUUGCGGUAAAUUUCGGUAUUUUACAGAAAUUUGAUGCAUUUUACGGUAAAUGUGUAAAUUUACUGCAAAAUUACGGCAUUCUAUCGUAGAGAGAAGGAUUUCACCUUGCUACGGUAAAAAUGCCCGAAAUUGCCGUAAAAUGCAGUAAUUUACCGUAAAUUGCGGCAUUUUUCCGAAAGUUACCGCAUUUCACCGGAUUGUGUCGCAAAUUACCGUAAAAUGCAGCAAAGUUACAGUAGAAUACGGUAUGUUACAGUAAAAUACGGUAAUUUACCGUACUUCGGAUCCCCUAUGGAAGAAAUUAGUUCGCUGAAAAAAAGGUUUAUUUGAGCUGACUAAGAUUUAUUUGAGCCAAAGAUAUCGUAAAGAAGUAAUCCAAUCGCUGCAAAUAAAUGUUAGUUGGGCCAUGUGCUUCAAAUCUAUGUUAUCAUCAAAUUUCCUGUUAUUCGUUAUAAAUUCAGUAUCUUUACCACAAAUAUAUCAUUUCUUCACCACAAAUGAAUGAUCUAUUUCGGUAAAAUUAUAAAAUUAUUUGACGUAAAUGUCAUAUUUAAUUGUACCAAAUAUGUUUAUUUGUCAUUAAGAAAUCUAACCUGAAAAAGUUAGUAUUGUGUCACCGCUUAUAUCCAUCAUGCCAACGGUUGCUAUGGAGACGAUUGGCAUAGCAAUGGUUGUUCUGGAGACUGCUGUCAUGGCAACGGUGGCUUUGGAGACUGUUGCCAUAGCAACGGUUGCUAAGAAAACUGUUACUAUAGUAACAGUUGCUAAGGAAACUGCUGUCAUGGCAACGGUGGCUACGGAGAAUGUUGUCAUGUCAACGGUUGUUAUGGAGAUGGUUGGUCAUGUUAACGCCUAAUAGGGACAAUAGGCAUCCAUGAUAAAUAUUUUUAUUAAUGACUUUUUUAUAAGGAAAACGUGGAAGUUCGGUUCAAUUAAUGCUGCAUUCUUACUGAAUUAUUGUGGUUAAUUUUCUGCAUUUGCAUUAAUGUUGGAAUUUUACCCCAUCGAACAAACUGCGAGGUUAAGAGCAUAAUUUUUCAUAUCGAAAAUACUUGAAUUUAUUUUUUUAAUGUCCCAGAAAAAUAUCAACCAAGUUUCAACUACGAGAUUCUCCCGGUAGUAAUACAGUCUAUGAAUUAAAUAAAAAAUUAAGAAUUGAACGCAUUCUGGUACUGUUACAUUUAUUUUAAAAUUAUUUGUUAUCAAUGAUGACUUUUAAGAAUUAACUAAAAAAAUGAAUUUAUUUAAAGAAAUUUAUUAUAAAUAAAUUGGGAGAUAAAUAUAUAUAAAUAUAUUGAUUAUUAGAAAUGGAAAUAUUGCCAAUUAAAUCAUUCACAUUUUGUCCAGUUGUUGUGAUGUCACUAAGCUAAUUAUUAUCCGUCCAUAGAGCUUUUUAUAGUUUUAUUUAAUGAUAUAUUUAAUAUAUUUGUUAUUAGUUCAUCUAGAAAAAUAGUAAUAAUUACUUAUCAAUUUUUUUUUAUUUUAUGUAAUAAUGAGUUACUGAGAGAUAAAAGUUACGAUAUUAGGUACUACUUAAUAUUUUUAUUGUUAGAUAGUUGAUUUAAAAAACAAAAAAAAAUUAUUUUUCAUUAUCUAUGCAGAAAAUAGCAAAAUUAAGUGGCCAAGAAUGAAACAGUUUGAAUGUAGGUCAGGUUAAAGUUGUCUGCCGGAGCCAAAGGCGAGUGCUGCCAUCAACCGAGCCUGCAUUCACGUUCCAUUUUGCGUCACUCAUUAUGUUUUUUAAUACAUUUGCAUGGAACUUUAAAUUUCAAUGUUUGAAACUGAUCCCGUUAAUUUAUUGGAUUUGCGAUUUCACUCUGCAAUAAUUUUCCUAUGAAUUUUUUUCUCCACUUCUGAAUUGAAUUAUAAGUAAAAUUUUAAAUUAAAUGGCCGCCUAUUUUUUUUCUAUUGCAAAAUUUACUUCUCUUACAGAUAAUAAUAAAUUACAUUUUUUGGUUAAUAUUUUUUCUGCUACUGGAAACUUUUCUCACUCCCGAAGUGAAGGGAAAUUUUCAGGAUCGGGUUUAUUCGACUUGACUCGUUUACUUCCGUACAUUGUCUCUAUUUACGCCGGAGUAUAAACAAAAUUUUUGCUAACCUCAAAUUAGUUCGCAACUUAGUAAUUUUUUAAAUCAAAGUAGUGCGCAUACGCAGGCCGUAAAAAAGUUAGACAUAUGUCAUAGUCGCGGCAUUACUCUGAAAUUAUCUUAUUUCGGCUCGGAAAAAAUAACAGUGGAAAAAUUACAGUUUUUAGUGUAAAAACAUGGCCCUCGUACCAAAAACUUUAAGUAUUAUAGUUUGCACCGUAAUAAUUGAGACUAGUUGUAAUAAAGUAAUGAGAAUAAUAGAUCCCUAGCGGAUCCAAAUUACGGUAAUUACCGCAAUUUACGAUGCCCAGCAGAAUUACCGCAAUUUAGGUAAAAAACGGUAAUUUACCAUAGUUUUCGGCGCUUGCCGUAUUUUUACCGCAACUUACUGCACUCUGUCGUAAAAUGCGGCAAGGUGCAGUACACCACCGCAAUUUACCGUAAAUUACGGUAAAUUGCCGUAUUUUGCCGUAAAUUGCGGUAAUUCUGCUAGAUACCGUAAAUUGUGGAAAUUUACCGCAAUUUGGAUCCGCUAGGAAUACAACAUUCUACAGUUUCUACCACAAAAUUUGAAGGCUGCCCUAGCGGAUCCGAAUUACGGUAAAUUACCGUAAUUUACUGUAUCCAGCGGAAUUGUCGUAAUUUAUGAUAAUUUACAGUAAUUUACCCAAGUUUACGGCAUUUUACUAUAAUUUGCGGCGAAUUAGGUAAACUACGGCAAAAUACCGUAAACUGCGGUAAAUUUCUGUAUUUUCCCGUAAUUCUGCCGGAUACCGUAAAUUACGGAAAUUACCGUAAUUCAUUGUAAUUCGGAUAUGCUACCCUAGCGGAUCCGAAUUACGGUAAAUACAGUGAUUUACCGUAAUUUACGGUGCCUAGCCGAAUUACCGUAAAUUACGGUAAUCUACGGCAAAUUACGGUAAAUUGCCGUAAUUUACGGUAAUUCUGCUAGGCGCCGUAAAAUUGCGGUAAUUUACCGUAAUUUACGGUAAUUUACCGUAAUCUACGGUAAAUUACCUUAAUUUACGGUAAUUCUGCUAGGCACCGUAAAUUACGGUAAAUCACUGUAUUUGCCGUAAUUCGGAUCCGCUAGGGUAGGGUGAAAACUUGUUUACUAUCAUAAUAGCGGAUCCGAAUUAGAGUAAAUUAUCGUAUUUAACCGCAAAAUACCGUAUUUUUUUCAAAUUUACUGCAUCUUCUAGAAAUUACGACAAAUUACGUUAACAGGCGGUUAUUACCAGUGGAAUUACUGCAAUUCACCGCAAUUUGUGGUACUUCUACUGUAAUACAAUUAAGUACUUUACUUUACGGUAAAAUGACAUAAUUUUGCAGUAGAUCUGUACGUUUGUGGUGAAAUAUCACAACGUUACCGCAAACUAGCGGUAAAAUACUUUACCACACUUCUUGGUAAAAAGACUGUAAUUUACCAUAAUUCCGAACACCGUAAAUUACAGUAAAUCCAGAGUUCGGAUCUGUUUGGGUAUGAACUAAAAAAAAUUUAUAUGUAAUGAUCGUCUCAGAAAAAAUGUAAUUUUUACAAUUUUUAAGUAGAGGGACUCUGCUGAUAUAUGAAACUGUGAUUUUUCUACUAUCCUGUUUUCCGCGGGGUGACUACACAAGCAUUGAAAAUUCAAGUUUUAAUACAGAUGUUAAAAAAAAUUAUUAUUUGAGGUUAUAAUAUCUCAGAUUGGAUAACUAAAGCAGCCAUAUUUUUUCAAAUAACCUCAUUUAGAGAUUUUGAAAUUUUAACACCAGGUGUCGCUGACGUUGCCUAUAAUUAUGAAUAUAUAUAGUACCAAUAAUGAAAUUCUCGCGUGUUGGCAGCACUAGCCUUCGGCUAAUGCGUCGAUUAUCACUCAGCAUAGUACUAAUAUUAACAAGAUGUAUAACAUCUUAAUUCACUUAAGUAAAUUAUUUUUUUUAAUUAAAAAUCGGUUUAAAACUUCUGUAUAAUUAAUAAAAAAAAUUUUUUUUAAUAGUUAAAAUUAUUAACAAUUAAUAAAAAUAUUAAUUUAAUUAAUUAUUAAUUGUUAAUAUUAAUAUUCGUGGUUAAUAAAAAAAAAAAACAGAGAUAUAAAAAAAAGUUAUUAAAAA